AUGAUGCUCAAGGGUACCCUCGUCAUUUUUGCGCUGGCCUCGGCCGCUGCUGCCAAUUUCCGUUGCCUCACCAACCUCGGCUCGUUCGUCAUCCGCGAGCAAUGGGCCCUGGAUGGCGUCCGACUGGGAGGCGUUACAACUGGCAGGUCCGGAUUCCCGCAUGCCUUCGGCGGCCAGUCCGGCGGUGGUGCCCAGCUCCGAUUCUACGGCGCGGAUAACAGAUGCAACGAACGGAACCCGAGGCUGUUCGAGUUCCCCGUCAACAAAGACGGCAGGCCGUAUCCGAAGGACGAGAGGCACGAUACCAACACGCCGGCCCGUGUCGUCUACCUCCAGGACGGCCGGACGCUCUGCGGUGUCAUGACGCACGUCAUCGAGGAUCCGAAGACCCAUCACGGCAGUGGCAACUUUCGUGUGUGCGAUCGUGUCUGA